AUGGUUUGGGCAUUGGAAGAGCUUUUAAUUAUCGAAGACCAACAAGUCCUUAGCGGCCACAUAGCUUCUUUACUUGGAGAUUUUGAUUUGGCGGAUAAACUGUUUUGCGAUUCGAGUGAGCCUAAGCUUGCGUUGGAGGCAUAUUUUUGGGAUAUAAUGCGCCGUGAUAUUCAACAUUGGGAACGUGCUCUAGAGUUGGCUGCACAAAUCGCGCCGGAUGAGUUACCGUAUAUUGCUAAGGAGUAUGCCAUACAACUCGAAUUUAUGGGUCAACAUGAACAAUCUAUUCGUUACUAUGAACAAGCCAUAAUUCCAAUAAGAGAAGAGGAUUAUGAAAUUAACGAAGAAUUGGAUGAACACAGUUGGGUGUGUAAAUCUGGGCUGGCAAGAAUGGCUUUACACACUGGAGACCUUAAAAGGGGUGUUGAAAUUGCUCUACAAUUGCCUAGUAGAUUGGCUAAACGAGAUUGUGGGAUAGUGUUAGAAGAGCUUAGGCAAUAUGACGAGGCUGGGGCAGUUUAUGAAGCUGGUCAAUUCUACGAUAGAGCAGCUGCUGCCUAUCUAAAGGGCAGAAAUUUAUUAAAAGUCCACAAAUUAAUGGAACAAGUACGUUCUCCAAAAUUAUUGUGUCAAUAUGGAAAAAUGUUGGAAAAGGAAAAAAAUUUUGAAAGGGCUUAUAAGGCCGUUAGACUGGCAAGAGAAAGCAAAAGCAUUGAAGGCUCUAAAUUAGUGGCAAAUUAUUUCUCUGAUUUUGGGCAAUUCGACACUGCAAUUCAAUUUUUAAUUAUUUCUCUUUGUUAUCAGGAAGCUUUUGAUUUGGCAAAAAGUUCUGGAAAUAUUCAAAUAUAUUCUUCUGCAUUAGAAUCUUCUGUUGACUCUCAAGACCAAAACAAAAUUAAUUUAAAUAAUGACAAUUCCCAGCAACAAAAGGAGGCGGCUUUUACUCAAUUAGCCGAAUAUUUUAGAAAUGAGGGAAACGUUUUGGAGGCUGGGAAAUUUUCUGGAUUUUCUAAACAUUAUAGAACGGUAGACUUUAAAAUGAGUAUGUCUCGUUUGAGUAUGUCUCGUUUGGUCACAUAG